GAUUUUGAUGAUUUGUCAGAAACAGAUAUAAGCAGUGAGGAUCAUAACAUCAAGCCUGACCUUAUGGAAGAGGAGCUUAAAUCCAGGUUAUUUCAGCUCGCUGCUAAAAUGAGUGACAAGGAAACAUCUUCUGGUGAAGAACAAGAGUCAGAACCUAGAACAGACCCUGAAAACCAAAAGGAGAGUUUGUCCUCAGAGGAAAAUGGCAGAACUAUUCAGGAAGAGUUAAAGAAGAAGUACUCUGCUGUCUCUCUCUGCAACAUAUCUACAGAGGUCCUGAAAGUCAUCAAUGCCACUGAAGAACUGAUAGCAGAAUCCACUGAUCCCUGCGAUUUCCCAGCUGAUGUUCAGGACAGAGGAAGAGGGACGUUCCCGCUGGGGACGGACCCCGUCAGGCUCGAUGAGCAGCUCACCACGCUGGAAGAAAGCGUGUACUUGACAGCCGGAACAGUGUACGGGCUGGAGGGGCAGCUGACCAACCUGGAGGACGCCGCACGCAAGAUCAACAGUGUUACAGCAGAAUCUGAGCUGGCCGAUCUGGAGGAUCAGGUGGCCACAGCAGCCGCCCAAGUUCAUCAUGCAGAGCUUCAGAUUUCAGAUAUUGAGAGCAGAAUAUCAGCUCUCACUGUUGCAGGCUUGAACGUGGCUCCAUGUGUUCGCCUGACAAGGAAACGGGAUCAAAAGCAAACAAACCAGAUGCAUACAAUAGACACAUCAAGACAGCAGAGGAGAAAACUUCCAGCUCCACCAAUAAAAGGUGAAAAAAUAGAUGGUUCUCCAAUUACCACUGUCAGAACGUUUAACAGAAACUUCAUGCUUCAAGGAUCUCUAACACAAAGAAUUAAAGAGAGGAAAAGCACUGCCAAGGACUUAAUGGAACCUGCUAUAGGAUCUGCUGUGAUGUACUAA